AUGAGUAAAAGCAAAGGGAAUGUUAUUGACCCCUUAAAAUUAUUAGAAAAAUAUACUGCUGAUUUACUUCGGGCUUAUUUUGUAGUUAAAAUUGUUUUUUUACAAGACGGAGUUUUUUCCGAAGAACUAUUAAAAAAGUUUUAUCAAGAGUUUUUUGUGAAUAAUUUAGGUAAUCUUUGUGCACGGGUGGAAAAAAUGAUUGAAUUAUAUAACAACGGUAGUGUUCCAGCUUUUACGAAAACUGAAAAUUCUUAUUUAAAAGAGUAUUAUCAAACCCUUUUGUUAACUAUUAAUGAAUAUCAAAAAUUAAUGGAUAAUUAUCAAUUAACCGCUGCUUUUCAAAAAAUUCAGCAUCUGCUCGAUUUGAGUAAUAAAUUAAUUCAAAAAUUAGAACCUUGA